CCACAGCCUCCCAGCAACUCUUCUGUAUUAACCGCAAGGUCGUUGGUUGCCACAAGAUGGUGAGAAAGGCCGACCUCGCGACUGACAAUACUCCACGCCAUCCAUGAACCUCGUCUCGACCAAAUACAACUUUGUUCUUGACUUGCUCGACGAUAUUGUCAGACACAACCCUCCCCUUCAGACCGACCUGAUCAUCUGCUCGACAAGAGGGGAGUAUCUGGCUGAAAUCCUUGCUCAGCUUGACCGUCACCAUGCCGAACAUGAAGCAUCAACAUCGGAGCACAAUGUUGGUCAGGCGGGCCAGAAAACAUCACCGAUUUCCAGCCACAUUCUUCUGUCACCGAGCCUGUAUCUUCUGAACGCAAGUCGAUACUGCCGGCUUGUGUUUUGUCCAGCGAUCACGGUUCUUCGUGGAUAUCUUUCAAGUUAUGUCCCAAAGCUCUCUGACCAGGGCCAUCCUGCAGAUGGCAGGUCAUUGGGGAAUGGCCAUAUCGUGAUCGUCAAUCUGUUGAGACUGCAUCAUGGUUCUUCCGAGUUCACCUUGCAAGGCCUCUCCCGGACAUUUGCGACGGCCGUUUCCGCUGCUCAUAGGACGAAUUGGUCACUUAAACUCGUGGAGUGCAAGGAUAUUGACGACCCUGCUGACCCCAGCAAAGGCCCAGCACUCUGGCAGGCCGAAGUACCUUUGCUUAGUGGGUCCCUCAAGAUUGGCGAAGGUGGAGCGAGCUGGGGUCGUCGAACCGUGUCAGCAACGAGGAUCGCAUCGAGGUGGUUUCGAUUCGAAAGAGCCAACCAGAGAGAUGUACUGGAAGCUCGUCGCUGGGAAGGAAUUGGCUCGGACGAUAAAAUACUGCUCGAAGAAGAAUAA